AUGUCGACCCCGACGCCCAUGAAGCACGCGCCCUCGCAGCAGGGCCGCACGCCCUCACAGUUGGCGGCCGCCACGCCUCCCGUGUCGACGCCCUUUUCCAAUCCCGCACACGCAGCCUUCUCCCCGCGAGGGCCCAAGUCGUCGCCUCAGCAGGUCAAGAAGUCGCCCGCAACGUCAGCCCUCAUGGCGCAGCCAGCCAUGGGUGCCUUUAACUUUGACAGCCCGUCAACGGCCGCCGCCAUGGGCGCACUGGGCAUGGGUGGCGCGUUCGAUAUUGGGCUCGAUAACGGCGUCGUCCCCGGCCUCGAAGCAAUAGGUGCCGCCCUGGCCACCGAGGACGACAAGCUGAAGCGCCUGGAUACCAUUCUGAAGAUUAUAGAUAAAAAGGGCCUUGUGAGCGAGGCCGGGCUUGAGCGCCUUGCUCAGCAGAUUGGACUCGAGCUCCUAUCCGAAGAACAGACUACCUCGGACGGCCGCAAGACGAGGACUCUCGCCAUUGCCGGGUCUGCAAUUGCCUUGGACAUUGUCCUCGACAACAACAUCGUGCAAAGUACCUCGCUCGCCUACCACGGGUCAGCCUCAGCCGUGUCGGAGCACAUGGAUGACGCCGCCCAAAUACUGCUUCGUGACUUGCAGCUUCUCCCAAACCAAAGCCCGCUGACCAAGACCCUGGAAAGCUUUGCCUCCAACUUUGGGCGCCUGGCAACCCUGGACAAGCUCAGCAUUGUCCCCGGACUGGACUGUCACGAAGCGCUGUCGGGCAUCUACGUUAGCCUGGAAAGGCUAUACAAUUGGGACCUGUCGAAGCUGCGCGAACAAGCGAGCAUGGCGGGAAAAUCCGAUAGCUACCUUGCGAACAUGGCCAUGUGCACGCGGCACGGUCGCCCUGUUAUGCAUUCACGGGGCAAGGUCGGCCUGGCACUUCAGUACUGGAGACAACUUCAUCUGGCUCCCCCAGCCUCCGAUGCCACGUCCGCCUUCGCAGAGGAGCAAGAAAAGGUCUGGUCCUUGAUGCUUGGGUGCGCGCCCAUUGAAGGCAUAGGUCUCCCUCCCGUCAGAGUCUCGGACAACUGGAUCUCCAAGGCCAUUGUCAACGACGAGCCAUCGCUGGACCCGAGCAGCAUCCCCUUGGACUGGCAGGAACCCGAAAACAUAUCUCUGCCCCAGUCCGAGGAGAACAAGGAUGCAGGCAUGGAAAUGCUGCAUCCCGAUCUCUCGACGACCAGGGUGCCGCGGGUCAUGUUCACCGUCACGUUCGAUCCACCAGUCGUGCUCCCGCAAAACGACUGGGCUCGCCUAUGGAUCUGCGCCAACCUUGAUGCGCCACACAUGGAGAUGACCAGUAGGCUCACCAUACCGACGUUUGACAGUCUUCUGUUCCCCCUACCUGGCGGAGUUAAGUUCGAUCCUAGUGAGGUCCGGACACUGUCGCGUCGCCGCGAGGUGUCUGUAUACAGCCGAGACGGCACGGCCAGCACUCGGGUGCACAAGAACAUGCUGUACAUCUACAAACCCAUAUACGCGCAGAGCGUUACGGAGAUGCCAUUCUCCCAUCCGCGGCAGCUCAUCGACAUGAUGCCCCUGCUGCGACAAUACGCAUUUGUCUCCACGCUUCUCUACAGCACCUUUGGGCCCAAGACCGAACCCCCGCCUCCGGAUAUGGAGGAGACAAGUCCCAAGAGGGAGCAGGGCAAAGAAAAGUCGAAAACGACCACGACCAGAGAUCAGCUGGCCAACUUUUUCGGCGACGGCGAGGCCGCCGCUGAGACGAGCAACGGCGCCAGCUACGAGACAGACUGCGACGCUAAGCUGGACGUCAUACUAUGGGUCCAUCCUGCACCGCACCUGCAGGUCGUCUUUCCGCUCGACCGCUUGAAAGCAGACAUUACCCUCAAGAUUCGUGAGGGCGGAACGGUGGAGAUUGUCGAGGACAACGUCACCACGGCUGGUCGUGGUGAAGCACUCGGCAAGGGCAAGGGUAAGGAGUUGACGAGAGAGACCCUGGGCAAGGCUCUGGAGUACUUUGAGGACUUGGGCAAGUGGGUAGAGUGGAUUCGCACACGCUACUGA